AAUGUCUUUGACGUGUAGUUGUAUUACUAGUUAGUUUAGGUGGUGUUGUGUAAAUUUUAUAUAAAGUCGAGGAAGUAAAACUAGUCGGAGUUGGGCGGUUGAGACCGCGAAAUGGAACACGACAGCAUCGUACCGGUGGCUCUUUAAAUUCCGUCAAGUAUGGCAGAGGACGACGACGACAGCUUCGGCGAUUUCACUUUCGCAUCUUUUCCCACAAAUUCCCAAUUUGCCCCUCCCAAAUCUGAAGAUGAUGAAUGGGGUGAUUUCGUUGAAUACCCUAGUGGAUCUGAACCGUCCACUGCAUCCUCCCUCACCCAAUCGAAACCCUAUGACCCUUUUUCCUUUACUCCUUCCGUUUCUCAAUCUCCGCCCAAAUCUGAAAAAACCAACAAGGCAGCUGGGUGGGUGAAGCCUUCUGGUGCUCUUCCUUUAUCAUUGUUCGGUGAAGAAGAAGAUGCUGAUGAACAAGAGAAAGUGAAAUCUGAAAAUGGGUCACUUUCAAAUUCCAAUAAAUUGGUGGGCUUGGAUAGUGUUAAUUCGACUCUCAAAAAGUCCGGAUUACAGUCGAAUGGAUUGGGUUUCGAUCCGAAUUUGGGUUCUCCUUGUGUUAGUAGAGUGCAGAGCUUGAACUACCUGGCGAGCUUGAGUGGUGAGGGUCAACAGAUGAAGGCAGAAAAUAGUACGGGUCUUUUUUCGGAUUCGAAUAAUUUGAGUAGUUCUGCUGAUGUGUCGAGUUCGAUUUUUACUUUGUCGAAUCCAGAUUUUGGUAUGUCCAAAUCUAGUCUGAAUGGAUUGAAUAGAACUUUGAGUGCAGAUGCUGCAACAAGUCUGCAGAUCAAGACGGAAAAUACUGGGGUUGUUUUCGAGCCAAAUGCAUCGAGUUCUUCAGCAAAUUUUACAAGUUCUGGUUUUGGGAUGUGGAAUUCGGAUUUCUAUAUGUACAAAUCCAAUCAGAAUGGAUUGAGUAGAGCCGUUACAUCAAACUUGAGUGAUCGGGGUCAGAGUGUGGGAAUUAGUAUUAAUCAAACUGGUGUAAGUUCUUCUUCAGCUGCCACAAGUUCAAGUGUGUGGAAUGCGGAUAUUAAUAGGUCUAAAUCCAAUGAGAUUGGAUUAAACAGAGAUUUGAGUCUGGAUGGUUUAACGAACUUGAAUGAUCAGGUUCAGCAGAUCAAGACUGAAAAUGGCGGGCUUGUUCCCAAUUCAAAUGGUUCUAGUUCUUCUGCAAAAGCAUCAAGUUCAACUUUUGGUGGAUGGGAUUUUGAUUUUGGUGGAUUUGGAUCCGCUGUUGAAAUGCCAAACUCUAGUUCUGAUGUUGGUGGGUUGAAUUCAAACUUCAAUGCUGUUGGCUCAAGAGAAAAUUUGGAUGAUGCUAACAACGACAAUGAUGACGAUGAGGAUGGAUGGGAGUUCAAGGAUGCUUACUCAAUUUCUAAAGUUGGAGAUGAUAACAAUAAGGCUACAUCAGAGACAAAAAAAGAGCAUGAAACUAAUGCCUUCUCUUUCGGUUUUCACAAUGGAUUGGAUGGAUCAGUCGACUUGUUUGCAACAUCAAACGGAUCAGCAGCAUCUGAUUCGAAGGCACAUCAUGCUGGUGACAUGCAGACAUAUUCCUCUGGAUUUGGCAAUAGUUCUAUCGAUUUAUUCGCCAUGUCAAGUCCACCAAUUGAUCUAUUUGCGACAUCAUCAGAUGGUAGACAUGAGCAAAAAGAGAGUAAUGGUGCACUGGACCCUCAUCCAGUUGUUGGGAGCGCUGAAUCCGACGAGGAUUUUGGGGAAUUUACAACGGCAUCGUCAGAUUCUGGAUUGAAAUUGGAGGAAGAAUGGAAGAUGAAUGAUGUUGCUCAUUCUGAACUACAAGCUUCUGAAUCUGAUGAUAAAGACCAGGUAAAGGAGACAAAGUUAGAGAAUCAUAAAGGGGCUCUUCCCCUCUCUAUAUUUGGGGAUGAAGAGCUGGAGAUCGAUGGGUCUUCUAAUACUGAAGAUAUUUUUUUCCCCCAUAAUGUUUCUUAUUUGAAGAAUGAUAGAAGUCGAGCUUCAAACAUUUCCAUUAAUGAUCUCAUUUCAAAUUUAUAUAGCGAAGCUGAACAGAUCUCACCUGUUCACUCUGUUCAAGUGCCAAAUAGUAUUAGUGUCAGUCCACAAGAUUCAGUCUCAAGUUCAAAUUUGUUGAAUGGUGAGGAUGACUUGGAUGAUGAUGAAUGGGAGUUUAAGGAUGGCUCUUCUCAAAUGAAUUCAUAUAAUGAUAUUUCUCUUCUUACUUCUGAGGAUCCUCCACAGAGAAGCUUUUCCAGUCUCAAUCUGGAUAAUUGUUUGAAUUUGUACUCUAAAUUAAGGAAUGAGUUGUGCUAUCAUGCAAAAUGCCAUCUCGAUGACCUUAAGAGAGCUCAAAGCAUUGAUGGACAUCCAGUAGAGGAAGCAAAAUUUUUGACUCUUAAUAAGGAAAUUGAGGAGGCUUGCAAGGAUAUUGAUCAGGAUAGUACCAUGUGCAAAGGUGACCACUUGGAAGGACAUUUAUCUCACAAUGCUUGUAUGGGUGUAUUUAUUGAGAUUUUGCAGGAAUCAAAAUUUCAAGUACUUGAAUCAGAGUACCACUUAUCGAGGAGACUGUCAUUGGUGGAAAAUGAUUUGGAGACAACAGUGGAUCUUAUAAGACAUGCUACAGUGAUGCUAAAAAUUUUGAGAUCGGGAUCUGUGGAAGAGCAAUCAAUUUAUGUUUCAGUAUGGUGUAAAAUGAUCUCUGCUUGUGCACACGAGUUGCAACAUGGCUCCUGUAUCUGGAAGAAGAUAUUGGAAAUGAAUGGUCAGGGUCAUAUAUUAUCUCACCCCAGAGGAAGGGCAUUCAUCCGGGCACUGGGUGAGAUUUAUAGGGUUACUGUAGUGCUUGAAGCGUCUGUGAAACUAUGCAAACCUUGGACUUGGUUAGAUACCGCUCAGUGUACAAGUAUUCAUACCGUGCUAGAUGAAUGUCACAUUACGUGGUCCUCUUCGGGUCUUGGAGCAGCUCUGUCGAGUAUGUUAGAUUCUGCUUCUGGAGAUGAGAGUCCUGUUGCUUCGUUGCUGGACUCUAUCAAGUUAAUUCGUGAUCUUGAUGGACUUACCCUUCAAAAACAUCUCUAUGCUCAGAAAGAAGUGUGUAGGCUGUCGCUCCUAACUUUGGAAGUAUUGCCAGGGAUGAAGCUUAUUGACUGGAAUGGAGAGCAUUACUUCGUUACACUUGCAAAUCUGUGGGCAAAUCUUAUAAGCAAUGACCCUCCGGAGUUGCCACAAUUAAUUAUUGGAUGGUGAGAAAAUAUCAAUAUGAUUGGUAUCAAAUUCGCGAAGUGUCAAAUUUGAGACAAGGACCUUGGAUUAGCACACCAUGUCAACUGGAGAUUGCUCUGCAGAGGUUGGAGUGAAGGAUAUAAGCUGCUGCUCUCCAGGGCUCUGGCCUUUGGCUUAUUUUGGAAGAGUUCUGUUUGCACAAGAGUAUGCACACAAAAGUAUGCUUUGGGUCAAAAAAGUUGGCAGAUCUGAACAUCAAGAUACUGAGUGCAGAGGCACGGGUUGAGGUUCUUUACAGACGGCAGUAGAGAGAUGAUGUGAGAUACAGAUUACUUGGUUUUUGUUUGGCAAUUUUUUCCAAGAUAUGUUGUAGUAAAGCAUGUCGGUCAUCGUCCCUGAUUUUUCCUUUCUGUAUCCUGGUCACAUUGUACCAUUAAGUUUGGCUCGUGUGUAAGUUGUAUGUACUGGUGUAAUCUUAUGUUCCAUCCAUAAAGAAAGUAGGGUUGUCAGGAAACUGAAACAAAGAUUUCGAUUCUUUAUAGUGCCCAUCUUCAUUGGUCAA